CCUGACCCCCCUCUAGGUCCUCUGUCAUCAUAUUCCAGGACCUGAACCCUUCCCCUCACCCCAGAGUCUUUUACUUUGGUGUAAUACACCAACAGGGGCAUUAAUUUUAUUAGUACCUCUACUCGACAAAUAAAAAUGUCAUUAGUGUGACACGUAUGAUAUGCACAUUUUACUAUAUGAAAAAUACUUCGAGAAGUGAACCCUAAUGUCAUUGAGAGGCAUGCUUGGACUUCAGUACUGACUCUGUGCUUAAGGCCCAGACUUUUUGUGUUCACAGGGGGUUGGCCAUGGGACCACCUCAUUGCCUGAGGUAAAGACCUGAGACAGUGAGGGUGUGGUGGUGGGGGUAGUGGUUGAGAGUGUGAACUGUUACAAUAUGGAGGGUCACUUCCCUUUUCUGUGCUGAAGUUUCCCCAGCUGUUUUAUAUGUCUCUUGAGGCCACUAUCAUUGUGACUUUAUCUGUUGGUCUCUGAGCUUCCCCAUCCCUGGUCCCCAGCCUCAAUACUUUCAAGGUAGUCUGUCCUCUAAGACCACUGGAGUAGAGAAAUGAUGAGAAAGAGGCAGGCCCUUCCAGUAAGCAUUUUAGAAAUGGAAAGAAGGGAGACUGAGGGCUGUGGUGACCCUGCAAAGCACUGGGACACUUUGCAGCCACCCCUCCCUUAAUAGAGGCUCAGUGUUCUAAUAUCGGGUGGGGCUCAGAACCUGGGGAGUGAGUUCCCUAUGUGGAGAGGCGAGAUAGAAUCCAGGUGUCAAAAGGGUAGUCCUAAGAAGAAUACAGAUCCUCUGAUUCAUCCCCGUUUGUUUGGAUUAAGAGAAAAAGCCACCACCCCCCCAAGGCACAACCCACCCCAUACAUAGUAGUAGCUGGGCUGGUGGGAAACAGAAAGACAAUUGGCAGCAGUCAGAGGGUGGGGAAGGGAGGAGGGAAGAUGGGGCUAUUGUCCAACCCCUCUGGAGGUGUAUAAAAGGCCUCUGAUCUAGGGAAGAGCCACCAUCCUCAGCCCAGGCCAAGCCAAUCUCCUGUCCUCACCUGUUUGCUCUCCAUUUGCUCACUGUCACCAUGAGCUGCCGCAUGCAGAGCUCCUCUGCCAGCUAUGGAGGUGGUUUUGGGGGUGGCUCUUGCCAGCUGGGAGGAGGCCGAGGUGUCUCUACCUGCUCAACCCGGUUUGUCUCUGGAGGAUCAUCUGGGGGCUACGGGGGAGGCAUGAGCUGUGGCUUUGGUGGUGGUGCUGGUAGUGCUUUUGGGGGUGGCUGUGGAAGUGGCUUUGGAGGUGGUUUCGGAGGUGGCUUCGGAGGCAGCUUUGGUGGGGGCUUUGGCAGUGGCUUUGGUGACUUUGGUGGUGGCGAUGGUGGCCUCCUCUCUGGCAAUGAGAAGAUCACCAUGCAGAACCUCAACGACCGCCUGGCCUCCUACCUGGACAAGGUGCGUGCCCUGGAGGAGGCCAACGCCGACCUGGAGGUGAAGAUCCGUGACUGGCACCUGAAGCAGAGCCCCUCCAGUCCUGAGCGUGACUACAGCCACUACUACAAGACCAUUGAAGAGUUGAGGGACAAGAUCCUGGCGGCCACCAUUGAUAACAACCGGGUCAUCCUGGAGAUUGACAAUGCCAGACUGGCUGCAGAUGACUUCAGGCUCAAGUAUGAGAAUGAACUGACCCUGCGCCAGAGUGUGGAGGCCGACAUCAACGGCCUGCGUAGGGUGCUGGAUGAGCUGACUCUGUCCAAAACAGACCUGGAGAUGCAGAUUGAGAGCUUGAACGAGGAGCUGGCCUACAUGAAGAAGAACCAUGAGGAGGAGAUGAAGGAGUUCAGCAACCAGGUGGUAGGCCAGGUCAACGUGGAGAUGGACGCUACCCCAGGCAUCGACCUGACCCGUGUGCUGGCUGAGAUGAGGGAGCAGUAUGAGGCUAUGGCAGAGAAGAACCGGCGCGAUGCUGAGGAAUGGUUCAACCAGAGGAGCGCAGAACUGAACAAGGAGGUGACUUCCAGCACUGAAAUGAUCCAGACUAGCAAGACAGAGAUCACAGAGCUCAGACGCACGCUGCAGGGCCUGGAGAUCGAGCUGCAGUCCCAGCUCAGCAUGAAAGCUGGCCUGGAGGGCACAGUGGCGGAGACGGAGUGCCGCUACGCCAUGCAGCUGCAGCAGAUCCAGGGGCUCAUCAGCAGCAUCGAGGCCCAGCUAAGCGAGCUCCGCAGUGAGAUGGAGUGCCAGAACCAGGAGUACAAGAUGCUGCUGGACAUCAAGACGCGGCUGGAGCAGGAGAUCGCCACCUAUCGCAGCCUGCUGGAGGGCCAGGACGCCAAGAUGACUGGUUUCACCUCUGCAACCACUGGAGGUAUCUCAGCAGGGAGCUCCAGCAGCACCGUUAAUGCCUCCACCACUCGCCGUCCUUCUGAAACCAACCGCAGGAAUUAAACCUGCCCCUCGCCCCUUCCUCUGACUUCAGCACCUAGAAGAAAUAGAGACGGGGGCUCAGUCACUCUGACCCCAGGACCCUCGCCUACUCUCUGAACCUUGGGUGCUCAGAGCUCUCUGCAAGGCUCUCCCUCUUACCCACUUUCUCAGAUUUCUUUGCUUCUCUCCUAAAACAAACAAACAAAAAAGGAUGAAUCAAUAAAGUUUCCAGCCUAUUUGCAAAUGUAUUUUUGAUUCUGGCU